CUUGUGAAAAAACUGAUCAUUAUAUUUUUUUGUAGAGAAUUGGUGUGAAAAAGAGUGGGGAUGGGCUAAAAUCAUAUUUUAUUCUGUCUUUUAAGUAGUUUUUAAUUGAUGAAUCUUCAAAUUAUGAGGACAAAGUGCAGGAUACUUUUCAUGAUAAUAUAAUGUAUUGUACAGAUACUCUUCAUUUAUAUAGUGUAUGUAAUGAUGAUGAAAAAUGCACCGAUUCAAUUUAAUGUAUUCUACAGAUACUCUUCAUUCAUACUAUGCAAGUACCGGCAACGAGCCGUUUAUUAACGUUUACAGUACAUCAUAUUGUUUGUUUACAUUAACGACGUUAUCUAUUAAUAGCAGGCCGUUUAACACACUGUUACACUCGCAAUUAAAAUGGCAAUACCUUGUUGGAACUACUACCUGAUGGAAAUAAAGCGUAUAACAUAUGACUGAAUAUGUAGUUUAAAACAUUUAGUGAUCGCUUCUGUUUACAGUACAUCAUAUUGUUUGUUUACAUAAACGGCGUUAUCUAUUUAUAGCAUGUCGGCGGAUAUCGCCGUUUAACUUAAUGUGACACUCGCAAUCAAAAUGAGAUUGCCUUAUGUGGCAGGUGGAUGUAUAGUAACGUAGACUGUUUGAGUAUGACAUUAAAUACAUUUGGUGAUCGCUUAUGACAUGGUCUUGGUUGCUUACAUGAACGGCGUUAUCUGUUAAUAGCAUGUCGGCGGACAUCGCCGUUUAACUUAAUGUGAAACUCGCUAACACAAUGAUAUUGCCUUAUGUGGCGGGUAGAAAUGGCUGUUUGAGUAUGAAUAAGAAACAUUUACUGUUAACAGUACAUCAUAUCGUUUUACAUAGACUGCGUUACCUAUUGAUAAUAUGGCGCCGAAAAUUGCCAUUAAACGUAAUUUGCCUCUUGACAUUAAAAUGACAAAAGUAACUCUUGCGGCAGGUUACUGCUAUGACUGUUUGAGAAUAGAAUGAAAAACAUUUACCGAUCACUUACCUUUCACGAGUUAUCUCCGGCUGAAGUCCAGAGAGUAAACCGCCCGGAGACCGAUAACUUUGAACGUCGCUGUCGCAUUGGAAAGAAGCGUCGUGAUUGGCCGCCAUCAAAUCUGACAUUGGACAGAAGCGCCGUGAUUGGCCGCCGUCCAAUCUGACAUUGGACAAAGAUGCGCCGUGAUUGGCUGUCGUCCAAUCUCACAUUGGACAUGGAGUGCCCUGAUUGGAUGAAUAGGUUGGAGGUUGAACAGCCGAACUUGAUCCAGGUGCCGCCACAGAUUACAUUACAUUACUUAUAACAUUUCAGUGACAGCGGUUCUUCCUUUCUGGAGAGUCCGUUUGCUGACUGGGUACAGCAAGGUGCUGUAGUCAGACUGGACAUCCGACACUGAUCACAACAGCAUCCCAGUGAUGUAGCCAAACGGAGCCAUGCCAAGUACGGGUUGUUUAUGAGUGCCUUGGCAGGUGCGGUGCUUGCCUACAACAAGACGGACAUGAUGCUCCUAGUCCAGGCCGUCAGGAGUGGCAACGGAGAGCUGUACGCCAGGUAUUCGGAUGAGGAGAUGAUAGCCUUCCUCAAGCCUCACCAGGAGUCUGCUCUGGUGAUUGAGUCCAUCAUUGCUGAGUUCAGGGGACCAGCAGGCCUGGACAUUGAUGGAAUCCACCUGUUCAAAUCAACAGAGGCAGUUGAUGCUCACUGGGCAACUGCAAGCAAGUAUCUCGGUUGCAUGCAGGAUCCCCCUGGCAUACAGCUGUAUGUUUCUGUGAAGGUGGUGGUGCUGAAUGGUGUUCGGCUUAAGUACAAGUGCCGGAGAGGCAGUAACUCUUUGGAGGGGUUGCACGCACACCUUUACAAUGCCAUACCUUCAGAGAUGUGGGAUUAUGCCAUUCCAAGCAUACCUGAUGGCCUUUGCUGUGCAGUGGAACAACCGCAUGGCAUCACUCCGGGUUGCUGGUGGUCAGGGUUGGCAGACGCGCGGCAGAUCCAGCGCAUCAAUCAGCAGGCUGAGGUUCUGUUCGGCAAGGAGCACGUCCUGGAGCCCAACUUUGCUGCUCCAAUGCCCGUCCCUGAUGCGUACGAGCACCCAGACGAGGAGGAGCUCCUUAACGUGGAGCAAGCCGUGUGCCAGUGUACCAGCUUCACUGCUAAGAAUUUCUAUGUCCAGAAAGUUGAGGAAGAGCAGUCUCGUGAGGAGGAGGAGGAGUCGGCUGAGAAAGAUGAAGAUGAGGAGAUGGCAGACGAGGGUCUUGGCAUGUCUGCAGAGUCAGAGGAGGAUCCUAUUGACAGCUUCUGUAGGAACCAUGCCAUCCUCACCAAGGCAGAACAGGUGGAGGAGGACAGCCCCGCUCUGCAAGAUGUGCUCAUGACCGAGAGACAUCUGCAUCUGCCAGGAAUAGAAGAAGUGCUCCUAGAACUGGUAGACAACAGCGACCGCCACCUAGUGCCAGCUGACCUGAGGCAGAAGAUCGUCACCACCGCCAGCUCUCUUCACGAGCAUGACAAGACCGCCGCCAGAUUUGUCAAAAAGUAUGAGUCCAGGUGGGGCUACACCCUGUUUGGCUGGUGUCUUGGGGCUGACACCCACGAGACCAGAGCAGCUCAGAAGACAAAGUUUGGCUGGAUGAGGUUCCCUCAGGCGGCACAGGUAACAAAGGACAGCCGUCUGCUCUACCUCCUCAUCAAGAUGCUCAAAAAUCGACCGCCGUGUAGUCAACUGUCCUCCCCCAGUAAAGUCGUGGCUUCUAUAAAGGGGCAGCAUAAAAGGAUUGCAGACCGACUCAGAGACGAUGCCAUCCUGUGCGGCCUUGCCAUUCCUCUGCCCAAUGUGAAUGCUAAAUCCAUCUCCACCUUUAUUGCGAGGGAGGAGAAAAAGGCCAACUACAGGGCAACAGUAAUGCCCAGAGUAACACCACACCAGAAAGUGUUGUAAGAGACACCGCUUACAGAAGCUGCUGUGCUGCCAACAUCCUUACCCUCCACCAGAUCGGCCUGAAGUGCAGUACCAGCACCUUCAUCACCUGGCUGGGAAAAGGCAGGGUGAGAAGCGGAGGUUAGCUUUUGAAGAGCCAGAACCGGCCCCUUGAGCCAAACCCCGCGAACAGGCCCAUUCAGCCAAAGCCUGCUGCAUCUGCCCGUAUUCCACCCGCUGUGUCGGCAGCUGCACCUCUACUCC